GCUCUGGGCAGAUGUUUUUCGUGUUCACGGAGAUGGAGAGUUCAUGCGUUGGGAGAGAGUGUCCGAUGACGUAGUUCCGGUGAAUAUUUCAUGUAUCGAGGACACGCCCACCACCGUCUUCCACAUCACAGCCUACAACAGACAAGUGGAGAAAAUCUUUGACGUCAAGAUCUCUCAGCCGGGCACCAUCAUCUGCCCGGCCACCGAAUGUUUCGUUCACUGGAGAGACGCCGGCUCCCAGUGUGAAUGGGGACUCAACUUCUCCACAGCCACCGACGCUCAACGCUUCAGAGACUGCUGCUCGUUCCCCACCCAACGGUUCGCCCGGAAGGCUUCCUCCGCCAGCUCUCUUCGACUCAGCCCACCCAAGAGACAACGGAGCAAAGCGGCGAGUGCUUCCUCUCCUAGCUCCCCGGUGCGCCAUUCCAAUCCUGUGACGUCACAGCUUCGAGGAGAGGACGGCUGUGAACAUACCCAAGGUCUGACUGUGAUAUCAACCUCUAAAAAUCCCAACGGACGUCCGAACUCCAGCCCAUCGCGCGACGGAGCGCAAAAUGGCGGAGGAGGGGGCGGAGCCAGAUGCACUCAAUCCCCGCCCCCUGACUAUGCAGUAAUCCAUCGACGCAAACCUCCGAGCGGUUCUGCAGACGACAGCAGUGUGGCUGCCACGUCAUCGUCAGCCUCCUCCUCCGCGCAACCAGCAGCGGGAGGGGGCGGGAGCAACCCGGCCUUCAGACGGUCAUUUCCUUCCGGUCGCGCCAACCAGUCGACUUCUUCCGCUUCCGGUCCCCAGGUGAUUCCUCCGGCCACCAAGAUGACGUACCCACCUCGCGGUCGAGGGAAGCCGGACUCGGCGAAAAAGGGAGGAGGAGACGGAGGGGGAAGCGGGGCGGCUUCGGACGGAUCGACCUCGUCAAGCGCCACCACUCCCAGUAAAAGUAACACCCACGGCGGUUCGGGCGGGAGGGGCAGUGGCGCCACCACACCGAGUCGCGCGGGUGUACUCAAAGGUCACGUGGACCCGCACGUGCGCCCCGCCUCGGCCGUGUCGGAUCUGGCCCAGCAGAAGGGAAGCAGCCCAAAACACGUGGUCAUCAGCGAUAUCGUGAGCGUGAGUAUAUCUGGUGUGACCUCGCCCUCCCCACCCACUGUGUACAACCCGAACUCGGACAAACUUAACGGUAUUCUCAAGAGAGACAACUCCGUUCGCGUUGACCCUGUCGGGUUUGAUCAGACCGAUCAGAAACAGGUCAGGGGUCAUUUUCAAACUUCGUUUAUAGCCGGUGACGAUUCUACCACGAACACUUCGUGUGACUCCACCAAGAUCCCGCAGAUUCUCCGAGCCUCUUCCGGGUCCCCUCCUCCCCCAAGGGACCCCUCACCCCCUCCUCCCCCACCGCCCCCGCCCCCAGAGGAAAACGCACCAUCUUCUUCGAAAGGCCAAAAAUCGACUCUGACCGUGGACACGAGCUUGACCACACCCGCGUCACGACACACCUCGUCCUCCGAGUCCCCGGAAUGGCCGUCUCCCCCUGAACCACUGACGCCACAGACACCCCAGACGCCCAACGCUCCCGGACAAAUGUCCUUCGACAGCGACACCAUCCAGCGCAUGCUUCGUUCGCUCCCAUCCUCGCCCAUUGCCAAAGACUACGACGACGAAGACAUGGGCUUUCACGAGGGGACCGCCAGCUCCGUCGACGAACACGGCCAAGCCAAACCCGGAGCGAACGGUUCCUCAACUGCGAACGGGCGAAGAGGAAGCAAACUUUCUCGGACCAAAAGCCUGAACGUUCACGACCGUAACUCGAAACCGAACAACAACCCCCGGCGUCAACAGAGCGUGGACAGCUACAAUCCAGCUAACCAGCCCGGUGGCUCGGCAGCUGGACAUAGAGUAGACGUUCCCAAGCCUAGAAUGUUCAACAAAAUAGCUCUGGAGAAGGAGCUGAAGCAACGGAACAAGAACAUUGCGGCUUCUUACCCGGACAGUGGGAUAGGAAUGUCUGCAGACACCGCCCCGUCUCUCAGGUCUGAGGGGAGUGCCAAGUCUGCUUUCGUCAAGACGGGUGAGUACAUAAUGCGGCAAGCGUUCUGAAUGUUGUUGGUUGUGGAGGUGUCGUGUCUGUCUUGGAGUCCUCUGAGGCUGGCGUGCAACAAUCUGCCAUUCUCUCAUGUGGUUGUUGGC